AAAGUAGAAACAUUUUUGUCCUCUUUUGUCUCUCCCUCCUUCAACUGACAACCUUUUAAACGCUCCAGUUUCCACGCCCACGCACACGCACACGCCAACGCACACGCCACGCACAACACAAUCUCAGCUCCAGCCUUCUUCUUCUUCUUUUUUUCUCUCCCUUCCGCACCCAAGAGAGAGAAAGACGCUGCUAGAGAAGAAGAAUAUGGCGGGUGCUGCUCCCAAACAAUUGUUCGGAUUCGGAGUUGUGGCGAUGCUCGCCACUCUCAUUCUUGCUCUCUUUAUGCCCGCCGCUGUUCAGGCUCAAUCCGCAUCCCCUGCACCUGCACCUACUAGCGACGGGACCUCCCUUGAUCAAGGGAUAGCAUAUGUGUUGAUGCUGCUGGCUCUGGUACUCACAUACAUCAUCCAUUCGCCCUAAAUUUCCUCCACCUUCUGAACUUAGAGCAGAAAGGGAUAUGGGUGUUUGAUAGGGGGUUGUUGUGUCUGUUAUGAUUAACAAGUUUCGUACAUUGUGUAGCAAGAAGUGGAAAAUGUAAUAUUGCUAUGAUACUUUUGUUACAAGAGUAGGUGGUAUGUUUAUUUUCCCAGUUAAGAAAGUGGUCUGUGCCAUUUAGUUGCUAGUGGCUAGUGGUUGUGGUUAGUACCAGGUUACAGAGUUAGCUAUUAUUGUCGAUGCAUUUCUUAGUAAUACAAUAAUUAUCUUGCUUUUGGCAUAA